GUAGCGAGCCGGCCGCGGCACCGCAGUCCCGCCAUGUUCAACGUGGAGAGCCUGGAGCGCGCCGAGCUCGGCGAGAGCCUGCUCACCUGGAUCCAAACCUUUAAUGUUGAGGCACCAUGCCAGACCGUGGAAGAUUUAACGAGUGGGGUUGUGAUGGCCCAGGUUCUUCAAAAAAUAGAUCCAGCUUACUUUGAUGAAAAUUGGCUGAACAGAAUCAAAACAGAAGUAGGAGAUAAUUGGAGGCUAAAGGUAAGCAACCUGAAGAAAAUUUUAAAAGGAAUACUGGAUUACAACCAUGAGAUUCUAGGGCAACAGAUAAAUGACUUCACUCUUCCUGAUGUUAACCUGAUUGGAGAGCAUGCUGAUGCUGCAGAGCUUGGAAGAAUGCUUCAACUUAUUUUGGGAUGCGCUGUGAAUUGUGAACAGAAGCAAGAGUACAUCCAGACCAUUAUGAUGAUGGAAGAAUCAGUUCAACAUGUUGUCAUGACAGCCAUUCAGGAGUUGAUGAGUAAAGAGUCUCCAGUCUCUGUUGGAAAUGAUGCUUACGUUGACCUUGAUCGGCAGCUGAAGAAAACUACAGAAGAAUUAAAUGAAGCACUUGCAACAAAAGAAGAAAUUGCCCAGAGAUGUCAUGAGUUAGAUAUGCAGGUUGCAGCCCUCCAAGAGGAGAAGAGCAGCCUGCUUGCCGAGAACCAGAUUUUGAUGGAACGUUUAAAUCAGUCUGAUUCCAUUGAAGAUCCCAACAGUCCUGCAGGUCGUAGACACCUGCAGCUGCAGACACAACUAGAACAGCUCCAAGAGGAAACAUUCAGAUUAGAAGCUGCAAAAGAUGACUAUCGAAUACGCUGUGAAGAACUAGAAAAGGAAAUUGCAGAAUUGAGACAACAAACAGAAGAGCUUACUACACUGGCAGAGGAGGCUCAGUCUUUGAAGGAUGAGAUAGAUGUACUCAGGCAUUCAUCUGAUAAAGUAGCCAAGUUAGAAAGCCAGGUAGAGUCAUACAAAAAGAAAUUGGAGGACCUGGGUGAUUUACGGCGGCAAGUGAAGCUUUUAGAAGAGAAGAAUACAAUGUACAUGCAAAAUACCGUGAGCCUGGAGGAAGAACUAAGGAAGGCCAACGCAGCACGCAGUCAGCUGGAAACAUACAAGAGACAGGCAGUUGAACUACAAAACAGGUUAUCUGAAGAAUCCAAGAAAGCUGAUAAAUUAGAUUAUGAAUGCAAACGUCUGAAAGAAAAAGUAGACAGCCUCCAAAAAGAAAAAGAUAGAUUAAGAACAGAAAGGGAUUCUUUGAAAGAAACUAUUGAAGAACUUAGAUGUGUACAAGCUCAGGAGGGUCAACUCUCCACUACAGGAUUGAUGCCUCUGGGAAGACAAGAGCCUUCAGACAGUUUAGCAGCAGAAAUCAUUACUCCUGAAAUAAAGGAGAAACUCAUCCGCCUUCAGCAUGAGAACAAGAUGUUAAAAUUGAACCAAGAAGGUUCUGACAAUGAGAAGAUUGCCUUGUUGCAGAGCCUUCUUGAUGAUGCAAACUUACGGAAGAAUGAACUGGAGACAGAAAACAGAUUGGUAAAUCAGAGGCUUCUGGAAGUACAGUCCCAGGUUGAAGAACUACAGAAAUCUUUGCAGGAUCAAGGUUCAAAAGCUGAAGAUUCAGUUCUUCUGAAAAAGAAACUUGAAGAACAUCUAGAGAAGCUCCAUGAAGCUAACAAUGAGCUACAGAAGAAACGAGCUAUUAUUGAAGAUUUAGAACCAAGAUGCAACAACAGUUCACUUAAAAUUGAGGAAUUACAAGAAGCUCUACGGAAAAAGGAGGAGGAAAUGAAACAAAUGGAAGAAAGAUACAAAAAGUAUUUGGAAAAGGCCAAAAGUGUCAUCCGCACAUUAGAUCCUAAACAGAACCAGGGUGCUGCUCCUGAGAUUCAGGCACUGAAAAAUCAGUUGCAGGAGCGGGACAGAAUGCUUCAUUCCCUGGAGAAAGAAUAUGAGAAAACAAAAAGUCAAAGAGAAAUGGAGGAGAAAUUUAUCGUUAGUGCCUGGUACAACAUGGGGAUGACUCUGCAUAAAAAAGCAGCAGAAGACAGACUGGCUAGUACAGGCUCAGGACAGUCCUUCCUGGCUAGACAAAGGCAAGCCACGAGCACAAGGAGAUCUUACCCUGGUCAUGUCCAGCCAGCAACAGCAAGGUAGAGGAGCCUUGCCCUUAGAAAGAAAACUGCCCUGUGAUCCAGGCCACUUCUAUUGAAAGUGACAACAUUCAAGGAAAAUAAACCAGCAUCCUUUCUCUUUCUCCCUUGUUACUGCUAUUAUUUUACCAUUCAGGAAAGGGUUAUAUUAUGCUUUCUCAUACCUCUGUUAUGCCCCUUGCUUAUAUUUUUUGGAGUUCAUUUCUCUCUGCGUUUUCUGAAUGUGCCAAAAUUUUGAAAACAUCUAGAGGAGUGCUGUAUAAUAACAGUCUUACUUGUAUGAAGCCUGGUCUCUUACAAAAAACCUCAUGUGGACCAUAUGACAAUGUAGAUUUCACAGUUGGUACUUCCGUGCCUGUAAGGUUGUUAUGCUUUAUAAGACUGUUUUUGUUCAAAGGGAGUUUGCUUUUUAUUUCAUCUCCUAUCCUGUUGCUUCAGAAAAAUGCUGAAAUCUCAUUAUGGAAAUGCAAAACUGGAUUAUAAUAUUAUUGUGAAAUAUAUUUCGUACUAAAAACUCACCAAUGCAAAAAAGAAACAUUGGGAGUUUUCUAAUCUCCUGAGUUCAAAGUGUGCUCUUAUUCUUGGCAUUUAGGGAAGCAGGAUGAUCUUUUUCCAGGUUUUUCUUUAUCAACUGGUGUUACCUCUUUUGCUGGUAGAGAUAAUAUUUUUGAAUGGUUUAUUCCACUCUUCUUUGUCAAGUGUAUGCUUAAAUACAUAUUCUAAAAAGGUGGAGAAGUAUUUAGGAUGUGCUACUCUGCUACUCUAUCAUCCAUUUAAAAAGGACAUUUGUUUUAAAAUUUUAUGAUUAUGGAUGAACAAUACGUAAUGGAUCAAGGCCCUAAUGAAUAUUGUUAAUGUACUCCAGUUGUCAUCCCCUACUAAAAGACUUGCUUUUAAUAUAUUGAUUCAGGGUAUAAUUGUAUCAGUUGCCUUACUAAUGGUACCAGUGCCUUCAGGUGAGUUUAUUGCUGACUUUGUUGGAAACUGGCUGUGAUUUGUUGUGCUGCCUUUUUAGUGCAUAGCUGAUUAAUUGGUGUAACACCUUCAUGUGUUACAUGUUGAUCAAUGAAUGGAGGCUCCUCCUAUUUAGGUUCUGUUCCUACAAAGUUGUGCUUUUUUUCCUGACCAAUUCUAUGCAUUCCCUAUAAUUUUUUUUUGUCAAAAAAUUGAUGGACACAGAAAACCUGAGUAUUGGCUGGAAGUUGUGAUUCAGUUUUAAAUUUAGAGACUGAUUUUAAAUUUAGGUUUAUAUUUAGAGACUGUUUGAACUCUAAUGCAUGAGCAGUCAGUUUAUAAAUUUAUUCUUUCACCUGAUUUUGAUGCCCUUCUAAGUGGAGACAUUUCUUUUUUGCAUAUAUCUCUUUAGAGAAAAGAUACUAGCAUUUAUCAAUCAUCUGAAUGUCUGUUUUAAUUCAAAACUUGGUUAGAAUGAGCAAUGGAUAAUUAAAACAAGCACACCUAGAUUAAAAUGUAAUAAACAGGUGAAUGACAUUUUUAGGGACCUUUGUUUUAUCCUCAACUGCAUCAUCUGUUUUAAUCUGGGCUAAGAAAUUCAUUCAGUAUGUGUCUGAAAAGUAUUUUCAGUUCCAGUUACGCCCCCACACACACCCCCAUGCACCCCACCCAGAAAACAGAUGCUGAAUUCUACAUAUAGUUUUGUAUUUUAUUCCUUACAUUUGGGAAAAAAUGGUUUUCUAAAAUUUUUCUGUACUUCUGCUGUAUAUAACUGGUAUGGGCUUGCAAAAACGAGAUGAAACAUGGCGAGUUUCUUGUGUGCAGAAAGGUAACAAUGCAAAGGAAGUUGCAGAUAAUUUCUGUACCUCAGUGAGGUGAUAUGCUCAGUCUACUGUCUCUUACUGAGAUACAAAAUGCUUUCUGUACUCAUCCAGAUGAUUACAGCUGAUGUGUGAUAGCUUUUACUCAUUUUGUUGUGCAAUCGAUUUAAUAAUUUGAAGAACUCUUUACUACAUGCUGUAUGUGAACAGGAGCAAGACCACUCCUCUAAGGGAAUUUGAUGUUCCUAUUUGAGGUUACAGCAUUUUAGAUCACCCAGAGCAAGAAACUAAGACUACCUAAAGCUCUGUUUUAAUUUUAAUCAAGCUAAUUUUUCUGUUACAAAACUGCCAAGGGCUAUUUGUGAAAGAAAGGGAUGGAACCUUAAUGGGAAGUUUUAUCUCUCAAUUUUGUCUAAUAAUCUAAUUACUUAUUGCUGUUAGUUAGGUGCAGAUCUAAAAGAACUCGAACACAAUCAGCACACUAGGAUGAAAGGAAUUGAUUUUUAAUUAUGUUAAUAUUUGUUUCACUGUUUUGCCUCCAAAGUUUUGAUGACAGGCUAAUGCCACUGAGAGUUAGGAGAUGAACAGAUGCUGGUUAGAAGCCUUAGGUUUUUACUUUCCAGUUUCUCGUAGCUUCUUUUUCUUCUUGGUGGUUGUUGGCUUUUCUUCUCUUUGUGAUUCUGUCUUUCCUUUUCCCUUGAAGAUAAGACACUGACGUGUUUUCUGUAGUUCUCUUCAAAAAUAAAUAGCAUCAUUAUAUACCAUCAAAGAGCAACACAAAACUCUUAUUGCAUCUGAGCUUUAUUGUUGCUCGUAGUAACUGUUAGGCAAGUGAACAAUCAUUUUGUCUUUGAGUAUUUACAAACGUGCAGAAAUUCUGGUAUUUCCCAGAAUUUGUGCUGAAUAUAAAAACCUAAAAAUGUACUGCAGUCUUACAGAAAUAUACUCAGUUGCUGUCUGGUUCUAGUAAGUCAUUUGUUAUGUCUUCUAUUAGUAUUUAAGAGGAGUUCAGUCAUUUUUUCUUCAGUGCUUUGCUUCUUUAAUUUGCUGUAUACAUCCAUUCUUAGUCUUUGUGUGUGGAUGAAUGCAAGUGGUGAACAUCAUUAAACCUUCUCUUUUGCAAGAACAGCUUCUUUAUUCAAAGGGUUCAGCUUCAUUAUUUUGCUUGCUUGUUAUGUAUCUUUGUAAUCAGAGUGUAUUAAGAAAAAGGAGCUCAGACUGUGACUCCAGGGAAUAAACACAUAUAUAGGGGAGCUACCAUAUGUUCCUUAUUUCUCUUACCUUGAGUAAUUACAGAAUAUAAGCAAAAGCCCCAGCCCAUGGAUCAGAAUUUUCUCAGUACAUUAGAUAGUUCUGAGAAAUUUUUAGGAAUACUUUUUUUCCCUUCAGGCAAGAAACACUAUUUACAUCAAAAUUGUAGUGGUAAUUACUAAGCCAAUGCUCUAUCCUGUCCUGACACACCAUAGAAAAAGGACCCACAACUCAGUUUAAAGAGAAAAGGUUUUUCAGAUCAGAGGUAAAACAACUGAGGAGUUAAUGAGAGUACUUUUCUGUGCAGUGUGCUGAGGAACUGCCCAGAAUAAUCUUUCUGACAGAUUUUAAUGAAUGAAAAUAAAUUAUAGCAGAUAAAUGAGGUUUUUUUUAGGAUAAAUAUUUUCAUUGUUUAGAGCUGAAGCUUAGUUUCUGACCUAAAAGUAGGAUGGGUUCAGAUGUGUAGUCCAGUUAAUGUACUUCUGUGGAGAGUUGAGUUUUUAGCAUAUCCAAUCAGACAUUACAGAAAGAAAAAUUCAGGUUCCGUCUUUUCUUGAUAGCAACACAUAACCACUUGGAACAUAACAUGUAUUUUCUAAGUGCUGUGAAAACUGAAGUAAUUUAAUUUAAAGGUUGUAUAUUCCAUCCGCAGUGCAAAGAUGUCUCAGUCUCCCCUUGGAGAGAAACUCCCCGAGAAAAAAGCAGUGUAGCCCAGUGCUAUGCUCCUCUCCCGACUUCAGCCACUUUCUUUUGUCUUUCUUAAGUAACCAUAAGUAUUCAUAAGUACCCAAUAGUUAGUUUCCUAGCAACUUAGUGGGAAAAACAUUCUAUAUGUAAAAGAAAAAAAAAACCCCAAUCCCCAACAAAAGGUAAACACGCAAUAUACAACUUUGCAUAUUUACAAUGAAAUAAAUAUAUAAUGGCUACAAGAUGCCUUUCAUUUUGUUUGGAAAUAAUCAAAUGGCGAUCUUGUCCUGUUCAGGUGUCAGUCGUGUUAGCAGUAAUACUUCUGCAAGUUUUUUGUGGCUCUCUGUUCUGUAAAGAGCACUGGCAUUUUUAUAUGUAUGAAAGAAUUAACAGUGAAUAUUCCUAUUACUGCUUUAUUAUGAUCUCAAAUAGUGAGUGGUAUGUGUAAGCUGUCAAGAAAAUUUAAGUUUUUUUGCAAUUUUAAAGUCCUUGGUAUUUUAACUUGUGCAAAUAGCUUUUGCUUUUCCUGUGUCCUCUAGUAUAUGAGACUAUACACUUAACAGCUUCCUGAAUGACUUUGAGUGGGUUUAAUUUUCCUGAUAUGUUGACAUUUUCUGUGAUUUGGUAGUUGUAAGAUAUUUUAAUGUCACCACUUGAUUUUCUUCUUGUUAGUGAUUUGGGCAGAGACUAGCCUGAAUGUGGCUAACUUUCCUUUUUCUUAUGAAGCAAAACAGUAUUUCAACUUACUGUAUAGAGAUUUUUUUUAUUCUUGCCCAACAUAUUGACAUUUUGUAAGGAAUGAUGAGGGAGGUAUUUUUGCACUCAGUCAGCUAUGCAGUACUGACUUCUUAUGGGGUUUUGCACAUGUGUUUUAGGAAGAAUGUGGAGUCUAUGUUUUCCAGUAAGAUUGUACUGAUAAACCAGUAUCUCCUAACCAAAUUUAGCAGGCAUUUUCCUCACCUGGCAUUGCAUAAAUAAAUAGCUAAACUAAAAGGAUCUAUCAGGGUAUACUUCCAAGUGGUGGGGGUUUUUGGAGCAAAUCCUAGGAUCCUAGCCAUGCCUCCAGUUUGUCACUCUUAAGGAAUCAAGAACAUUUCCUGGCAUGGCUGGUUGGAUUGCCUUACUCCUUCCCUCUGGAAGUCUAGAAAAGUAGCAGAAGUUUGUCAGUGGUCCUGCAGACUAUGACUAACAGCAAGGUAUGAUUUCUUUGGUCUGAAAGUGGAGGAGGCAGGUGCAAGCAUCUAGUCAGUACAAAAAUCAGAAGAGCAUUCUUUCAGCGUUUUGCAUUUUGGUUUUCAUUUCAAAACAAAACAAAUGAAGAACCUGAGCUUAUUGAACUAGAAAGAUUUUUAUCUUCUAAAUUAAAUUUUAAUUUUAAUUGAGUAACUAUUAGAGGUUUUACCCAUAUAUAAGGCAGAAGCUGUCAUUAUCAGCCACCACAACCUCAGACUUCUUGCAUCUGGUACAGUGAAACCUUGUAAAGAUUGUCUCUGCUACCAGCUCCAUUGAACCAUUGGAGACACUGAGGACUAACUAGUUUCAUCCUCCAUUUUUCUUUGGUGGUUUUUUGUUUUUUUUUUUUUUUUUUUUUUUGUUUUUUUUUUUU